UUAUCGUAUUGAUAAUGAACACGACGUUAUGGCCCACACCGUUUAUCAGAGAUGAAUGCUCCAUUUCUACUCGCACUCGUCCAUGUCUAUAGCUGUGUAAAGGCCUAAAGGGGCAGGAACAGAUCACUCAAGACUCAUUGUGGGGAGGGCUGCAACUGGAUCAGGAUUACCAUUACUUUUUAUUUAUUCCCUUUUAUUUUUCAUCUCAUCCCUGACGUUUCCUUCUCGAUCUCUAUCUAUCAAACUCAAGGUCCAUGAUGAAUGCUCGCCUCUUCCACAACGGCUUCAGAGAGUUCAGACCCACUUGAACGUGGGGCAAAAAGGCGGGAUAUAAGCUAACUCUCUCCCACUUCCAAUUCGCCUUCGCCAAUUCCCAACUCGAUGGAUUCCUCUUCAUCUAAGCCCUCUAAGGAUUAAGGUUGGCGACUCAAAUGGCUUCCCCUGUUCUUUGACAACAUUGUCUCUCCAUCCCAGGAUGGGCCAGUCAUUUAGGUCGAAUGAUCGGACCGUUUGAACCAGUAACCAGACCCCUGACCGAUUCGUUUUUAAAAACUAUGAUCAUAUAUAUAUGUUUCAUGAAGCUUCACAACAAGAUAGUACAUUCCUCAAGCAGUUUACAUCAGAGACCAGCGGGAUUUUAUUCCAAGACUCCGCUACAUACAACAGAAUCUACCAACUGAACCACCGAUUUUCUUAUUUUUCUAUCCGAGCAUCAUAAAACAAGUGUAACUAGUUCGCAAGGGAAGAAUCGAAGGCAGUAGCAAAUCAGAACAAGAAAGAAAAGAGCCAAAUACGUCAUUAUCAACGUCCUUUUAGCAACACAGCGAAAAGAAGGGAAAGUGGGAAGCAAAUUAAAAAAAAAAAGGAAAGAUGGGUUUCUGGACACUUUUCGAAGUGGCUUCCAUGCCAAUAAUGCAGGUCCUCCUCGUCAGUAUUCUAGGGGCCCUCAUGGCAACCGAAUACUUUAAUCUACUGAAUGCUGAUGCUCGACGAUACAUUAACAAGGUUGUGUUCGUUGUAUUCACUCCCUCACUCAUGUUUGCAUGUCUUGCCCAGACUGUCACACUCCAAGACAUUAUUUCAUGGUGGUUUAUGCCGGUUAACAUCGGGUUAACCUUCUUAAUUGGAGGAGUUCUUGGAUGGAUUCUUGUAAAAAUAUUGAAACCCAAGCCGCAUCUAGAAGGCUUGGUCAUUGCUACAUGUUCAGCAGGAAACUUGGGAAACCUUCUUCUGAUAGUCGUGCCGGAAAUAUGUAGCCAGGAUGGUAGUCCAUUUAGUCAUGGUAUCUGCAACUCCGUUGCGCUUUCCUAUGUAUCUUUCUCCAUGGCGCUUGGUGGUUUCUUCAUUUGGUCUCACACGUACCAUCUAAUACGAACUUCGGCACUAAAGUACAAAGCACUUCAAGAAGGUGAGUCUACCGUAAAGGUGCCAAACGCUGAUUUAGAUGCCAGAAGUGAAACUCACCUUCUCAAAACAGAAAAUCAAGAAAGGGCAGUGACAGUGGUAGUAGUGCAACCAGUGAAGCCCAUUGACGAAGAUAAAGAAAGCCAAGUUUUGAGUGAGAAAGCGGGAAAAGAGAAGACGGCAUUCUGGGAAAAGCUGAAAGGAGUUCUUCAUGGCAUUCUGAAAGAGAUAAUGGCACCUCCGACCAUUGCUGCAAUCGUGGGAUUCAUCUUCGGGGCGACGCCUUGGUUGAAAAAUCUUAUAAUCGGCAAUGAUGCUCCUCUAAGAGUGAUCCAAGGCACAAUUAAACUAUUAGGGGACGGCACGAUACCAUGCAUUACCCUCAUACUUGGGGGUAACCUCAUCCAAGGUUUGCGCUCCGCCAGAUUAAAGCCCAUGGUCAUUAUAGGGACCAUUUUUGUGCGGUAUAUGAUUCUCCCUGUAAUUGGGAUUGGCGUUGUCAAGGCAGCAAGUAACCUUGGUUUAGUCCCAUCGGACCCUUUAUUCCUUUACGUGCUAAUGAUACAGUUUACUACGCCACCUGCCAUGAACAUCGGAACCAUGACACAGCUAUUUGAUGUGGGUCAAGAAGAAUGCUCCGUCCUUUUCCUGUGGACAUACUUGGCUGCAGCGUUUGCCCUUACAGUUUGGUCCACAAUCUAUAUGUGGAUCUUGAGUUGAAGAUUGGCUGUUAUUUCUGGCCCAAGCUGAGAGAGAUCCUCUCAUCUUCCCCUAAUUGGAAUAGUCAUUUUUAGGCUAAUUGAUAGUAAUUAAUCAUGUACAGUUUUUCUAAUUUCCUUAUUUAAUUUCUAUUUCCAUUA